AUGAUUGGGUCUAACUGCUUUGGACUUCUUAUAUUCAUGGUUAUUGCCUCUACAUCAGUGAUAGCGUUCAGAAAUAUCAUAAGAGUUCCAAGAACAGAUGAUGAUGACGAUGACAGACCUUACGGAGUUGGAGAGCCUGAGGAAAAGGAUCCAACAAAAACCACAUACUACAUGAUGGCGGAACAAUCUCUAAGAAAAUACGAAGAAGACUCACAAGAUGGUACCCGUUACAACGUAUUGAAAGUAAAUAAAGUGACUGAACAGGUGGUUUCAGGAACACUUACCAAAAUUGACUUCGAUGCUGCACCUUUAAAUUGUGAUGCUGACUCAGAACCCGAUCAUUUCUGUCAAUUCAAGAGCAUAUCAAAUAUAUUGCACUGUCAUUCAGAAGUAUAUUCUAAGUCUUGGGAGGGCUUGACGGAGAUCAAAAGUAACUGUUCCAAAAAGAAAUUACACUUUAGGUCAUGA